CCGGGUUUGGCGCGGCCUUUGUCUCACUGUCGCGAAAGCUCCAGGUCUCGUGUUCUCUGUUCUGCGUCCUCUGCUCUUCGAGGCCCAGACUCUGCGGCCCGGUGACCUUCAGGCAUUGGGAGGUCCACAGCUGAGAGGCGGGGAACCCCUGGAAGCCUACAAAUGGAACCAUUGGAGUUUAGGGAUGUGGCCAUAGAAUUCUCUCUGGAGGAGUGGAAUUGCCUGGACACUGCACAGCGGAAUCUGUAUAGGGAUGUGAUGUUGGAGAACUACAGAAACCUGGUCUUCCUUGUUACAUGUUCUCAUUUUACCCAAGAUCUUUGGUCAGAGCAGGGGAUUAAAGAUUCUUUCCAAAAAAUGAUACUGAGAAGAUAUGAAAAAUGUGAACAUGACAAUUUACAGUUAAAUAAUGGCUGUCAAUGUGUGGAUGAGUGUCAUAUGCAGAAAGCAGUUUAUAAUGGACUCAACCAAAGUUUGACAAGUACCCAGAGAACAAUAUUUCAAUGUGAUAAAUAUGUGAAAAUCUUCUAUAAGUUUUCAAAUGCCAAAAGACACAAGAUAAGACAUAUUGGGAAAAAAUUCUUCAUAUAUAUACAAUGUGGCAAAGCUAUUAACCAGUCCUUAACCAUUACUACACAUAAGAAAAUUCAUACUGAGGAGAAACCAUACGAAUGUGAAGAAUGUGGCAAAGCCUCCAACUGGUCCUCACACCUUACUAGACGUAAGAAAAUUCAUACUGGAGAGAAACCCUACAGAUGUGAAGAAUGUGGGAAAGCCUUUACAAGUUCCUCUAACCUUGCUAAACAUAAGAAAAUUCAUACUGGAGAGAAACCCUACAGAUGUGAAGAUUGUGGAAAAGCUUUUACGCGAUCUGCAACCCUUACUACACAUAAGAAAGUUCAUACAGGAGAGAAACCCUACAGAUGUGAAAAUUGUGGAAAAGCCUUUACAAGUUCCUCUAACCUUAUUGCACAUAAGAAAAUUCAUACUGGAGAGAAACCCUACAUAUGUGAAGAUUGUGGAAAAGCUUUCAAGCAGGCCACACACGUCAGUGCACAUAAGAAAAUUCAUACUGGAGAGAAACCCUACAGAUGUGAAGAAUGCGGCAAAGCUUUUACCCAAUCUUAUACCCUUACUACACAUAAGAAAAUUCAUACUGGAGAGAAACUCUACAGAUGUGAAGAAUGUGGCAAAGACUUUAUGCACUCCUCAAGCCUUUCUGCACAUAAGAGAAUUCAUACUGGAGAGAAACCGUACAGCUGUGAAGAUUGUGGAAAAGCUUUCAAGCAGGCCGCACAUGUUAUUGCACAUAGGAAAAUUCAUACUGCAGAAAAGCUCUACAGAUGUGAAGUUUGUGGAAAAGCCUUUAGGCAUUCCUCUAACCUUAUUGCACAUAAGAAAAUUCAUACAGGAGAGAAACCCUACAGAUGUGAAAAUUGUGGAAAAGCCUUUACAAGUUCCUCUAACCUUAUUGCACAUAAGAAAAUUCAUACUGGGGAAAAACCAUACAGCUGUGAAGAAUGUGGAAAAGCCUUUACAAGUUCCUCUAGCCUUGCUAACCAUAAGAAAAUUCAUACUGGAGAGAAACCCUACAGAUGUGAAGAUUGUGGAAAAGCUUUCAAGCAGGCCAGACACGUCAGUGCACAUAAGAAAAUUCAUACUGGAGAGAAACCCUACAGAUGUGAAGAAUGCGGCAAAGCUUUUACCCAAUCUAAUACCCUUACUACACAUAAGAAAAUUCAUACUGGAGAGAAACUCUACAGAUGUGAAGAAUGUGGCAAAGACUUUAUGCACUCCUCAAGCCUUUCUGCGCAUAAGAGAAUUCAUACUGGAGAGAAACCGUACAGCUGUGAAGAUUGUGGAAAAGCUUUCAAGCAGUCCGCACAUGUUAUUGCACAUAGGAAAAUUCAUACUGGAGAAAAGCUCUACAGAUGUGAAGUUUGUGGAAAAGCUUUUAGGCAUUCCUCUAACCUUAUUGCACAUAAGAAAAUUCAUACUGGGGAAAAAACAUACAGAUGUGAAGAAUGUGGAAAAGCCUUUACAAGUUCCUCUAACCUUGCUAACCAUAAGAAAAUUCAUACUGGAGAGAAACCCUACAGAUGUGAAUAUUGUGGAAAAGCUUUUACCCAAUCUGCAACCCUUACUACACAUAAGAAAAUUCAUACAGGAGAGAAACCCUACAGAUGUGAAGAAUGUGGGAAGGCCUUUAUUAAUUCCUCUGACCUUACUAGACAUAAGAAAAUUCAUACCGGAGAGAAACCCUACAGAUGUGAAGAAUGUGGGAAGGCCUUUAUUAAUUCCUCUGACCUUACUAGACAUAAGAAAAUUCAGGCUGGGCACGGUGGCUCAAGCCUGUAA